AUGGGGCUGGGCAGGCUCCAGGCUUGGAUGCUGGGCCUGCCUACGGCUGUGGUCUAUGGCUCCCUGGCCCUCUUCAUCUCCGUCCUGCACAACGUGUUCCUGCUUUACUACGUGGACACCUUUGUCUCGGUGUACAAGAUCAACAAAACUGCCUUCUGGGUUGGAGAGACGGUGUUUCUCCUCUGGAACAGCCUCAACGACCCCCUCUUUGGUUGGCUGAGUGACCGUCAGUUCCUCAGCUCCCAGCCCCGGUCGGGUGCCGGGCUCUCCUCCAGGGCCGUGGUGCUGGCACGGGUGCGGGCCCUGGGCUGGCACGGGCCGCUGCUGGCAUUGUCGUUCCUGGCAUUCUGGGUGCCCUGGGCCCCAGCUGGCCUGCAGUUCUUGCUGUGCCUGUGCCUCUAUGAUGGUUUCCUGACUCUCGUGGACCUGCACCAUCAUGCCUUGCUGGCUGACCUGGCCCUCUCUGCCCAUGACCGUACCCACCUCAACUUCUACUGCUCCCUCUUCAGUGCAGCUGGCUCCCUCUCCGUCUUUGCCUCCUAUGCCUUCUGGAACAAGGAAGACUUCUCUUCCUUCCGCACCUUCUGUGUGGCACUGGCCACUGGCUCUGGGCUGGGCUUUGUGGGGGCCACACGGCUGCUUAGGAGGCGGGUUGAGGCAGCCGGUAGGGAGCCGGAGUGCCCAGCCCUGGCUAUAGAUGGCGGCCUGUGUGGAGAGGAGCUGCUUGUGGGCUGCAAGGAAGCAGGCAGCAUCACUUUGGGCCAGUACCUCCAGCAGCUGGCACGCCACCGGAACUUCCUGUGGUUCGUGGGCAUGGACCUGGUGCAGGUGUUUCACUGCCACUUCAACAGCAACUUCUUCCCCCUCUUCCUGGAGCAUCUGUUGUCGGACCACAUCUCCCUGUCCACGGGCUCCUUCCUGUUGGGCAUCUCCUAUGUCGCUCCCCACCUGAACAACCUCUACUUCCUGCCCUUGUGCCGGCGUUGGGGCGUCUACGCCGUGGUGCGGGGGCUCUUCCUGCUCAAGCUGGGCCUGAGCCUGCUCAUGCUGUUGGCUGGCCCUGACCGCCCCGGCCUGCUCUGCCUCUUCAUUGCCAGUAACCGUGUUUUCACUGAGGGCACCUGUAAGCUGUUGACUCUGGUGGUCACUGACCUGGUGGACGAGGACCUGGUGUUGAACCACCGUAAGCAGGCGGCCUCAGCUCUUCUCUUUGGCAUGGUGGCCCUGGUGACCAAGCCAGGCCAGACCUUCGCCCCGCUGCUGGGCACCUGGCUGCUCUGCUUCUACACAGGUCACGAUCUCUUCCAGCAGCCCCCGCUGGCCCCUGUGGGGAGUGCUCAGCCAUGGCCAGAGCCCCCGGCCCCGCCCCCGGCGCAGGCCCCAACGCUCCGCCAGGGCUGCUUCUACCUGUUGGUGCUGGUGCCCAUCACCUGUGCUGUGCUGCAGCUGUUCACUUGGUCCCAGUUCACGCUGCACGGGAGACGCCUGCACAUGGUCAAAGCCCAGCGCCAGAACCUAUCACGGGCCCAAACCCUGGAGGUUAAGAUGGUGUGA